AUGGGGAACUUCUACUCUUGCUGGGCAGAGCACUCGGCGGUAUGCAGGACGUCGUCGGUGUGCACAACGGAGGCCACCACCGGAGCGCACAAGUUCGUCGUCAAGAACUACUCGCUGCUUGUGGGAUCGGGCGCCGACGAGUACGUCAGUUCCAGCACCUUCAGCGUCGGGGGCUACGACUGGAACAUCUACUUCUACCCUGACGGUGACCGCCGGGCGCCUGACCACGUGGCGGCCUUCUUGCAUCUCCGCGGCGGCGCGGCGGCGGAGACGGGGGUCAAGGUGUGGUACCGCUUAAGCCUGCGGGAGAAAGGCGGCAAGGUGCACCCGGCUGGGCCGUUGCUGAUCCAAAAGUUUACAUCGGACGGUAAUAUUGGUUAUGGCAAUAUCCGGUUGGCUCACAAGUCCAAGCUACGAGGAGACCGCUUCACCAUCAAGUGUGAGUUGGUCGUCAUCAACAAGCCAACAGUGCAGGCGUUGUAG